AGAGCCACGCGGCGCUCUUCUGAGGGUGCCUCUGUGUAACAGCUGCUACCUUCCUGGGUCCUGGACCACGGCCUUCCGCAUCCAGAGACCUGGACCCUCCCUCCCGACCCAAGAGCCUGGUUCCCCUCUUCCGGGAGCUCUGUCUCCUGGCCCCCAGACUCAGGCUCCCGAGCUCUCCGUUUUCAGGACCCAGGCACCCCGGGUCCCCGCCUUCCGGAUCCAGGCAUCCCGGAUCUGCGCCACCGGGAUCUCGCCUCUUGAAGACCUUGGCCUCGGGGGCGCUGUCAGCUUUCUGGAGCCAAGAACGCCAGGUCCCAGCUUGAGAGACUCCUGUAUUCCCACCUCCAGGGCCAAGAAACCCAGGCGCCCCCGACUCCCAGCUUUCGGGCGCUGGACACAACCGGGAGAAGCAGAGGAGCCCCAGCGCCCAGCCUAGGGAUCUCCAACACUCAAGCUUCCAAGAGGCAAGGAACUUAGGCGCGGUGAACUCACACUUCAGGGAACCCUCAAAGUUCUAGCCCCCAGGCACUGUUACUCAACUUUCAGUUCUAAGGAACAUCUGCGUCCUGGGAAGGAACCUUAAGCGCUCCCAGCUUCUAGGCGCCAAGGAACCCCAGGCCUUCCAUCAUGGUUGCGGAUCCGCCUAAGAGAAACCCCAAGGGGUCGGCGGCGGCGGAGUCCACCGAGAACGGUGUUGCGGCUUUGGUCCCCAUAGAGGACCCAGGAGCGUCACGAGGCGGCUGUUGCAGUUCCCGGGACCAGGUGCGCCGCUGCCUUCGCGCCAACCUGCUGGUGCUGCUAACGGUGGUGGCCGUGGUGGCGGGCGUGGCGCUGGGGCUGGGUUUGUCGCAGGCCGGUGGCGCGGUAGCGCUGGGCCCCGCGCGUCUAACGGCCUUCGUUCCGGGCGAGGUGCUGUUGCGCCUGCUGCGGAUGAUUAUUUUGCCGCUGGUAGUGUGCAGCCUGAUCGGCGGCGCCGCCAGCCUAGACCCCAGCGCGCUCGGCCGCCUGGGCGCCUGGGCGCUGCUCUUUUUCCUGGUCACCACACUGCUAGCGUCCGCGCUCGGCGUGGGCUUGGCUCUGGCACUGCAGCGCGCCGCCCUCGCCAACAUCAACUCCUUAGCCGGGGCCACCGACGCUGUGGAAGAGUCCCCCAGCAAGGAGGUGCUGGAUUCCUUCCUGGAUCUUGUGAGAAAUAUCUUCCCCUCCAACCUGGUGUCUGCAGCCUUCCGCUCAUACACCACCUUGUAUGAGAUAAGACAGUUCAACGGAACCCAGGUGAAGGUGCCUACGGGGAAUGAGGUGGAGGGUAUGAACAUCCUGGGCCUGGUGGUGUUUGCCAUCGUCUUUGGCGUGGCCCUGCGGAAGCUGGGGCCUGAGGGAGAGCUGCUCAUCCGCUUUUUCAACUCCUUCAACGAUGCCACCAUGGUGCUGGUCUCCUGGAUCAUGUGGUAUGCACCGGUGGGCAUCUUGUUCCUGGUGGCCGGCAAAAUCGUGGAGAUGGAGAACGUGGAGAUGCUCUUUGCCAGUCUCGGCAAAUACAUCCUGUGCUGCCUGCUGGGUCACGCCAUCCAUGGGCUCCUGGUACUGCCCCUCAUCUACUUCCUCUUCACCCGGAAGAACCCCUACCGCUUCUUGUGGGGCAUCAUGACUGCGCUGGCCACUGCCUUCGGGACUUCCUCCAGCUCUGCUACUUUACCGUUGAUGAUGAAGUGCGUGGAGGAGAGGAAUGGUGUCUCCAAGCAAAUCAGCCGCUUCAUCCUGCCCAUUGGUGCCACUGUCAACAUGGAUGGUGCCGCACUCUUCCAGUGUGUGGCUGCAGUAUUCAUUGCACAGCUCAACCAGCGACCCUUGGAUUUCGUGAAGAUCGUCACCAUCCUGGUCACCGCCACAGCAUCCAGCGUCGGCGCUGCGGGCAUCCCCGCUGGAGGUGUCCUCACGCUGGCCAUCAUCCUCGAGGCAGUCAGCCUGCCGGUUCACGACAUCUCCUUGAUCCUGGCUGUGGACUGGCUUGUGGACCGGUCUUGUACCAUCCUCAAUGUGGAAGGUGAUGCUUUUGGGGCCGGACUCCUCCAACAUUACGUGGAUCGGACAGAGUCUCAGAGCUCAGUGCCUGAGUUGAUCCAGGUGAAGAGCGAGACACCCCUGGCUCCACUGCCCAGCCCCACUGAGGAAGGGAAUCCCCUCCUCAAACGCUAUCCGGGGCCUGGUGGGGAUGCUGACACCUGCGAGAAGGAAUCGGUCAUGUGAACCCUUGUUGGGACCUUCCCUGCCUUAAUGGUGGCACUCUGGACAUUGGGAUCAUGAGGGAUGGAUACACGGACACACUGGGGCUCGGGGGGCCCACACACUUACGGGAGCCAGGGGCCCCAGCCUCCCUCCCUGACACGAGAUCUGGGAGGACUCCCUGCUGGGGUGUAUGUGUAUGUGUAUGAGUGUGUCUCCUCAAAUCUCCCCAGUCCUCAACUCCUGCCUCCAUCCAAGGCUAGGGAAAUAGCAAGGUGGAGUAAUAGCGUCCUCCACGCCUUAUCCUGGGAGCCUACCUGGCCUCCCGUCUCAGGGCACAGGUCACCACAUGGAAUUCUGCCCUCUUUGAGAGUAGGGAUGUUCCAACAUGUUGCUGGUUAUUUUGGUGGCUUUAGCUGUGUGUGUGUGUGUACGUGUGUACGUGUGUAUGUGUGUACACAUGUGCAUGCAUGCUAUGACUUUGUACAGUUUGUCCCCCCCUGUCCCGGACCCUCUGUUCACUCCACAAUAAUAGAAAUACUCCCAGGUACUCGGUGGGAGGAGACCAAGAACAUUUUUUAGCAAUAAAAUUACAAAGUAUAUCUAAUCAGAUGUUUUUAAGAAUUUGGCUGAAAGCACCAGCCACCCAGAAAUAAAAACAAACAGGAUGCAUUGGAUGUCAUUGAAAUAAAAUGUCUGUUUAUCAACCCCUUUGGGGUUGGCAACCGCCACAAGAUGCCACUACACACCUACUGGAAUGCAGGAAACAACAAUCCCAUGAGAUGAGGAACAACGAGACAGAGCCCGCGCAUUGCUGGUGGCAAUGCAAAAUGGUCCAAUCACUUUGGAAAAUGGCUGAGCAGUUUCUUAUCAAGUUAAAAUAUACAUUUAUCAUAGAGCUCAGGAGUCCCCCUCAAACGUAUUUAGCCAAGAGAAUUGAAAACUUCUUUUCACACAAAAAACCGGUACACAAGUCUUUAUAGCCACUGUCUUCAUAAUUGCUGAAAUUUGGAAAAUAAUCCCUUGGAUAAACUGGUACAAUCAUCGUACGAUGGAAGACUAUUUGGCAAAAAACAAGUAUUGAUAUGCAGCCGAGCCUUGAACAACUCGUUGAACUGCACAGGUCCACUUGUACACGGAGUUUUUAUAAACACCUGUACCGUUUUCGAUCUGGUUGGGAGUCUGGAUGUGGAAGGCUGACUGUAUGCAUUGAUCUGUGCUAUUUUAUAUAAGGGACUUGAGCAUCCAUGGAUUUUUGUGUCCACAGGGUCCUGGAACCAGUCCCCAUGGAUAUUAAGGGACAACUUAAGCUUUCGGGGAGUCAAAAGUUAAACACGGAUUUUUUGACUGGGGGGGGUUGGUG